AUGAAUUCCACAACUUCCUCAUCCUCCGCCUUGAAUGGCGAUAAUAGUGUCUCGUCUAAAGUGUCACCGUCUUCGCUGGCCCGAGGCCCUAAAUUGCACAAUGUUCUCACGUCAGCAUCCUCUGGCAUUGCUACCAAUAUCAAUGCCGCUUUUUCCGCCUCCUCAGUUCCUUCGAGCGCUAUCACUUCUUCCACAACGACUUCGACCGCUCCCACCACUACUUCAACUACCUCCAACUCCAGCCCUAAUUUCGCUCCUCGAAGUAGUUUCUCAAAUGCGUCAAGUCCCAUUGGGACACCUUACAUGCUUGCUGCCGACAGCGGUCGUGGUCGAUACCUCUCAAACACUUUGGCGCCACCGAUUCCCCUCGAACUCGACGAAACGCUCGACAACACGAUGGCCGUCAACGGUAUCCCUUCUGUUGCUCCACAACCCAUUGAUCAAGUAUCAUCUACCACAAAGGGGACCACCGGCCUUAUGCGCAGGAUCUCCCGAGGCGCUGCAAACAAGCUAACGAGACGUCGUCAAUCGUCCACACAACGUGACAAACGAGAGAGAAGCUCCGGCCCUGUCAUCAUGCGAAGACGGAGUGACAGUAAGACUCAGCCUCGCACCGGUCGAGAGAGUACUUUGGAUUGGAGUUUCGAUGACGAAGACAACGAUGUCUACGAGUCUUUCACCAACGGCUGGGCUGGUUCUGAGGCGAACAGCAUUAGCAGUGAACUUCCCGGAACUCUCUUGCCUCGUGAAAUUGGUGCUAUCGCUCCCAAGGUCGAUUCCGUACUACAGCGUGGCACAUUACUUACCAAGGUCACCAAGAGAAAGAGGAAACAAGUUCGCUUCUUCUUGGACCUUGAUGCUGCAAAAGUACGAUGGGAUUUAUCUAAUCCAUCCAAAAAGUUUUACAUUGACGACAUCUUACACAUACAUGUCGGCGCGGAUGCUCGCAACUAUCGCGAAGAGUAUCAAGUUUCUGCAGAAGUCGAAAGUCGAUGGAUUACAAUCAUCCUCGACGACCCGGAUCGGUCUAAGCAGCGACCUUUCAAGGCUAUCCACCUCAUCACCCCCGACGAUUAUACGUUAGAACUUUGGAAGGCAACUCUUGAGCAUGUUGUCCGCUACAGGGUCGGUUUGAUGACAAGUCUCGUAGGACCUAGUCAGAACGAGACUUCUCUGCGGGCUCACUGGCAGCGCGAGAUGUCGAGACUUUAUCCACAUGGACUGCAGCCGGGAGAAACUGAAUCCUUGGAUCUGCCGGCCAUCGAGUCUGUUUGCCAGAGUCUACACAUCAAUUGCUCCAAGGAUAUGCUUCGCACGCAAUUUGCCAAAGCAGAUAUUACGGGAAAGGGCAAUCUAAACUACUCGGAGUUCAAGGAAUUCAUUGCUGGGCUAAAAGAGCGAAAAGAUCUGAAACAUUUAUACAAGCAACUUGCUGUGAGCAGUCCCGAAGAAGGCCUCAGUCUUGAUGAGUUUCUUGAAUUUCUGCGCGAUGUUCAAAGAGAAGAUAUCGUUCGUGACCGCGAUUAUUGGUCAUCGAUUUUCGCACGGGUUGUACGACGAACUCGUUCCAGAGCACAAAGCCUGCCAGAUUCUCCGGAUGCUGAUCUACCACGAAUGAAUUUGAAUGCUUUGACAUCAUUCCUCCAGUCUGAAGCAAACGGCAUCUAUUCUUCUCAUGCUCCCGAGUCUCGCUUUGAUCGCCCUAUCAAUGAAUACUUCAUUUCUAGUUCACACAACACCUACCUUCUCGGCCGCCAGGUGGCUGGGGCUUCGAGCACAGAAGCCUACAUUACUGCUCUUCAACAAGGAUGUCGCUGCGUCGAAAUCGACUGUUGGGAUGGUUCUGAUGGCCGUCCUAUUGUUUCACAUGGACGUACUUUAACGACCAGUGUCUUGUUCGCUGAUUGUAUCACUGUGAUCAACCGAUACGCCUUUAUUUCUUCCAAUUUUCCUCUGAUCCUGUCACUAGAAGUACAUUGCAACCCGGAACAGCAAUCUGCAAUGGUAAAAUUAAUGAAGGAGACGUUUGGCGAGCAGUUGAUUCUUGAGCCGUUACUUACCAAUUGUGGCAUACUUCCAUCACCGGAAGAGCUGAAAAACAGGAUCUUGGUCAAAGUGAAAACCUGCGAUGAGCCGCAGAGCGCUUUCCUCCCUCCUAUAGAUGGCAUCUCAACUCCGACACCUACUUUCCAUCAUGGGCGGAAGCGAAGCUCCAGCACUCCGUUCUUGCGCAGCGCAGGCUACGAAAGCCUCCACGGUGCUAUCGACAUUCCACUUUCAAGUUCUCCGACAAUCGGUCCUCCAUUGGAUGCUAGCAUGCCUAUGCCUAUAAUCGCCCCGGGACGCCGCUCAGGAACGACCACUAGCAUGAGCAGCGCCACGGAAGACAGCGACAGUGCACUGAUCAAUGCUAACAGAGAGAAAAAGCGACGGCAACGAAGCAAGAUUACCAAGGCAUUGUCUGAUCUUGGUGUCUAUACCCGCGGUUACAAAUGGCACAGCUUUGCUGCUCCCGAGAGCAAGCAAUACAAUCACGUUUACUCAUUUGCAGAACGGGCUUAUGAAAGCGUAUGUCGUGACGCGGAGAGCAAAGCCUUGUUUGAGAUUCACAACAAACGUUUUCUCACACGAGUCUACCCGUCUGCCUUUCGCUUGAAGUCGUCCAACUUUGAUCCUAUCUCAUUCUGGCGAAGCGGCGUCCAAAUGGCAGCGCUCAAUUGGCAGACAUACGAUAUUGGUAUGCAGAUCAACCAGGCAAUGUUUGCUGCUGGCACUGAUCGUACGGGCUAUGUGCUCAAGCCAGAAGCAUUCCGUCGGCCGUCAUCCGCACUGGACGCGCUAAGCGAAGGAAAACUCGCUACCACAGAACGUGAAAUUGUUCGACUGUCUGUUGAUAUUAUUUCAGCCCAGCAGCUCCCUCGACCAAGAAGCAUGGGACCGGGCGACAACAUCAACCCGUACAUUGAAGUCGAGAUGUUUUCGGCUGAUGACCGCGGUCAAUGUGUCGCUCUUGGAGGUGGUGGGCAGGACGUAUCGGCUCGYAACGGCAUGUCAGGCUUAGGGCUACCCCAUCGUCGCCGAACUAAGAUCGAGCCAAGCAACGGGUUCAGCCCAGUAUUCAACGAAAAACUGUGGUUGGCCGUCGAAACCAAAUACCCCGAUCUUGUCUUCGUUCGUUGGACGGUAUGGAGCUCGCCUGACGGACGUACUGGUGGAGGCAGCGGUGCUAUACAACUUGCCAGUUUCACCGCAAAAUUUAGCAGUCUAUCCCAAGGCUACCGCUAUCUCCCAUUAUAUGAUGAUAGCGGGGAUCAAUAUUUGUUCUCUACGCUCUUCUGCCAGAUUACCAAGGAGGAAUUGGUGCCUGUUCAGCGACUAGAUUUAGACGAACUCAAGGCUGAGCGAAAAGGACUCUUGCGUCAAAUCAGUCAGACGGUUAAAAGAACUCGAUCCAAGGAACGCGAUCGAGCCUUGAAGACUGGGGGCGACAAAUUCGAUAGUGAAUCUAUUCGAAGCAAGGACUACUCUCCAUUUCUCAGACCUGUGGCAUCGACAUCACCAACGAUUCCACCGCUGAACGCACUUUCUUAA